AUGGCGUCUUACCCUUCUACUUCAUGCUGCUACCAGGGCUUCAAGCACGAGGGGCAGCCGACCGGCGAGUUGUCUCGGCUGCAGGACUUCGAAGUCUAUACCAGUUAUCCCCCGGAUAAAUCGACCGAACAUGCCAUCUUAAUUCUGACGGAUGUCACGGGCCAUGGGACUCCCAAUAUUCAGCUCGUCGCUGAUCAGUUUGCCGCGAACGGGUAUCUCGUUAUAGUCCCUGAUUUGUUCUUUGGAGAUCCAAUUCCUUUGAACAGACCGGGCGACUUUGAUAUGCAGAAGUGGCGAUCUGGGGGGGUAUCACCCCGAGGGCAAAUCCCACUUCCCCGAGACCGUGGAUCCCAUUGUCACGGCGAGCUUGGAGGCGCUCAAGACCAAAGGAUUGGCCUCGUCGGCUACUGCUUUGGCGGCAAAUACGUCGUUCGGCAUCUACGGUCUGGAAAGGCUGAUGUCGGCUAUACUGCUCAUCCAUCGCACGUCGACGAGAGCGAGCUCAAGGAAAUCCAAGGGCCGCUUGCUAUUGCUGCCGCUGAAGACGAUCAUAUAUUCCCCGCCGAGAAGCGUCAUCAGUCCGAAGCCAUUCUCCGGGAGCUGGGGCUGCCCUACCAGGUGAACCUGUAUAGUGGUGUCAAACAUGGAUUUGCAGUGCGCGGCGAUCCCUCGGUUAAGCAGAUUCGCUACGCCAAGCAGAGUGCUUUCCUGCAAGCUAUUGAGUGGUUCGGAGAACACUUGAAAGAGUGA